AUGUCACACGCAUUGCAGCAGUUCAUGCACCAGAUGUCGGCGCUGAACGACGCGCUUCGCCGGGCGAAAUUCGAUGUUGCGCGUCUCGAUGCCGGGGUUGGCGAGGCGCAGGAGCGGCUUGCUCAGGCGCAGCAACAGGUCUAUGAGUACUGCGCAGCGCGUAACCAGGCGGCGCAGAGGAUGCACGCGAUUGAGCAGGAGAUUACGGACCUGACGAACGAGUUCACUGCCGCCAGUGGCCCACCUCGUGCGGCAGUCGGCCUUACCACGACCGCUCAAACCCCGAUCGGCAUCCCCAACGCGACUCAAGCUCCUUUCGGCUAUGCGAACACCACUCAAGCUCCGAUAGGCCACAUCAAAGCCUCACAACCUCCCACCGGCCUCCCGAAUGCCUCUCAUGCGCCAACGAGCCUUGCAAACUUCGCUCAAGUCCUGCCCCCGCCUCCAUACACUCCACGCCAAGCAAGCACAGCAGGGUUAGUGCAGCAAGCAAGCACAACAGUGAGAGCCAACAUGCCUCGCCCAACGAACAGCCUGCCCAGACCACCCCUCCAAGCAAGGGACAUGGCACUCGCGCAGAUGGUAGUCGCACAGAAGGCGAACGCUACAUUGCCAUCCAACCACACGCCCGCCAAACCGCCCGCCAGUAAACCCGCCAAUGCCGACGACACCGCUCCUCAGCGCUUGAAUGACUUCUAUCCCACCGUGGUCAAGAUCAAGGGGAUGUGGAUGGAGAUCCGCUGCAGAUACUGCAGUGCCAAUGCAUAUGGAUCCCCCGAUACCUUCUUCAUCGGCCUACAUGGCGUGCUGCGUCAUGUUCGCUUGACGCACAAGGUUUCCGAUGCCGGAGGACUUGUCCACUGCACCGCUCGUCCAGUCAGUAUGAGAGACAUUGCUCUGAUGAGUGGCGCACCUCCAAUGGCUGCCAAAGACUCGCGAAUCGAGAUGUGCCUGGGCUCGCCGGAUUGCAAGACCUGUUCGAAGCAUUCCACCGGCAAUCAGUCCACGCCUCAGCUCCCGGCUUUGCCUCCGAUCGGUAAUUUCGCGCCCACAAUCGCCACUUCACAAAGAAACCUGAGCGUCGCUGGCAGCCCCGCGACUCCCAUCACCACCCAGCCUUCAGUCAGCGAAUCGCAAGAUCACGCUUCCGAUGAUAAGACCAUCGUCGUGAGCUCGAAGAAGAAACCAAUCGCCAGCUUCACGCUUCCCAAGCCAAUUGCGCCAGCCACGCGCCCUUUCGACACAAUCAACAUCACCAAUGGGGCCGAGAGCUCUCCUGGUCCGAAUCGCAGCUCAAGCAACGUCUUCGAACACUCCACCUUCGAUGAUGACGAAGAAAUGGAAUCCCCAAAGCAGCCCUCCUGCAGGUCCUUCAGCCUCGCGCAAAUCGACAAAGUCUCCACCGCGAGAAAGGACUCGGUGUACGACGAAUUCAAGGCCAUCGAGAAGAAUGCGAAGAACCUGAGCGUGAGGCUGAAGCCGCGUGCGAAGCGUCGAAAGUACACCGAAAGUCCUAACUCGCACUCCAGCCUGGGCGAUCAUGCAGGCGACGAGUACCACGAAGACGAUGAUGAAGACGAGAAAGAUGAUGAUGAUGAUGACGUUGAAGACGGUGAUGAUAGCAGCGACGAUGUGCCGCUCUCGCAGCUUCGCAAGAGGAAGCACUGA